CAUGCGUAUCAGCUCCGUGGUAGGCUUCCCGAACCCGUGGAGAAGUUGUGAAUAUACCAACUGGGGUACAUUGGCUCUGAUGCUCGUUAUUUUUGUAGUGACCCAGGAUACUCGACGAACCUGCGAGCACUGCAGGAAACACCUAAUAAACCUGAUGAUGGGCGAUAGCCAAAUAUCGGCUUUUGAUAGGCUGCGCAACAUACGCCGGAACGGCCGAGGCAACUCCAUUGCUAGCACAGAACGUCUGCGAUAACCUUUACAGUGGAGAAGGACCCAGCGAGCAUCUUCAUGCAACUAAGAUCGACGUUGCGCCAAGUGCUCGUCCAUGUUUGAUGGGCGUUAGACGGCUUUUUCGAAGUUUUUCGAAGUUUUUUUCGAGGAGCAUCUGUCGAGAUUGAUCGAAAGCCCGUGUCCUCCCGUAUCUCAACCAGCAGCAAGGGUCAUACGGCCAACAUCGGGGCGAAAUAAAGCAGGUAGAAGCGGAAGAUAAUGCCCCGCUGAACGAAGUCUCCACAAAGUAGACAGGCCUCCUGAACGUCCGCUUAUCAUAAAAGUCGAGAUUUUUGGCGC